CCAGGACCCUGCAUUCACUAUAUUUGGUCUCCCACAGUACACAGAACAUGGAAAUGCAAUUAUUUUAGUAAAUAUAAACUGAUAAAUGCCUUUUCUCAUCAGCAGUUAGAGCAGUCUUGUGACUUCUAUCAGUGUUCAGCUGAGCACAUGUUAAAGCUUGUAGAAGGAGUUUUCUUUCUCCUCUAGGAGGAUGCAGAACCCCUGACCUCUGCCUGGACAGUGCUGAUUGGCCCUGAGCUGAUCACAUGCACUCUUCUAAGAAAAAAAAUCUCUUUAGCAAUGCACACCAAACUGAGCAU